GCCCACCACUUCGUGUUGUUUUGGUUGGCGCAGUUCUCGAAGUGUUUCCUUUCUACUCUGAAAGCGCUCUCUGUUGAUAGCCAAGCAGCAUCAGUUUUCGGUGGGUUCAUGGAGAUUAGUCUACAAGAUGCGACCUAAAGGCUUUCCAUGGGCCUUACGGAGAUCGUGAAACGCCUCUCUUACUUUUGAUUGAACGAACUAAAGGAAGGGGAUAUAAUUACAUUGCAAUCCCGUGACAUAAAAACAGCAAUGCAUUUGCUAGGCUCCUCAACUGAGCAAUUUGAUAUGCCUCAUAUUACAUAAUACAUAACAUAUGCAGGCUCUAGACGGUUAUAAGGAGCGACAAGCGGCGAUGGCAAACAUUUGUACCGAAUGUGGUUGUUCCUGCUCCAAAAUGCUAAGUGAUGGUGACACACUCCAGCCUGCGAUGGACACAUUGUCGAGACUUAAGGAACAACUUCAAAAGAGCGAGAGUUGGGUAGCAAAAUUAGAAACAGAACUCAGUGAGUUAAGGCUUGCUGGUGAGAAAAACAUAACAACAGCAAUGGAGCAGCAAAAAAGGCUUAAAGAUAGUUAUGAUGAAACUGUGAAGCGCAACCAGGAACUUGAGGAGCAAGUUCUUAAAAUGGCUGAUGAGAUGCAGGAAGAGAGAGAAAGGUUUGAGGAGGCGCUCAAGGUGGUUACUGAACGUCUUGUCGAGACUCGUGAGAAAAUGAACAAAAUGGAGACGGAAACGGUAAAGAAUCGCAAGGAUUGUUCUCUUGUGGUCCAGCUCCUAAAAUGCAACGAUUCAAGAAAUAAGAACUACCUCUCGGAGCAAGUUGACUCGUUUCCACAAGAACUUAAAAGCAAACUCCAGGACGAACUAAACCUAGAAACUUCCAACACAAGCAAACAGAGGUCGAAAAGCCACCCUCCCCCGUCACGGAACAAUACGCGCACUGCAGCCAAGUCCAGAAGGCUGUUCGCGCGGAGGAGCAAGUCCGCCAGUAGCGAUAAUACUUCAGGUGACCCACCCAAGAGGGCGGUACUAGCGGUGUAUACGGGGGCAGGGUUUGACAACACUAACCCUACUAAAAUAUAGCGCCUUUAGAUAGCCAGGAACCUGGAACUAGGAGCGGUCUUCUGGAUUGGAGGGGACCGGAACUAGGAACGCUCCCCUGGGUUGGAGGGGGACUGAAACUAGGAACGUUUCUCUGGGUUGGAGAAGCACAGUUAAUAUUAACUAUGGGAGAAGGAAUGAGAAGGUCCUCUGGUGUGCGUCAUUUUUGGUUUAUGAUUUACGGCUUGUGCGAUUAAACAAAUAACCUUUGAUUGGCAGAGAAAGAUGGAAUUAAAGUUAAAGUUAUUGAAAAUGAUGACUAAAGUUUUCAGCGAUGAUCAUUAUGUUAAAAUUAAAUUAACAAAAAACAAAAACCGUUGAUCAAUGAAUGAUUUUAUAGGCCCUAAGGCUCGUGUGUAUUGACUAAGUAUUGGCCACAUUUUCUGUUGUCAGAUAGAACCAUUGAGAAUAUAAGAAAUCAACUCGAAUUUUGGUUCGAUCAAAAUUCCAAUCAUAGAUUGAUAAUUAUUGUUUUCAAAAUAAAGCGAUAAGAAAUUUUCUGGUAGAUGUAUCAAUAACUAUGAGUACUAUUAUUAUUAUGAGUACUAUUAUUAUUAUUUUAUUACUGACAAAAAUAUUUUUGUAUUUGAAAUUAUUUUAUUGAUAAAGUAAAAGUUAUCUGAAA